UGGACAUGAUGGACGUUGACUUCCGGUUGAACUUCCGGUGUCGGGUCGCACGCUUUCCUUCCGCGGCUUUGUCAAACGCAAACCUCACGAAUUAGCUUACAGGCUAUCGGGAAAAUAAAGACAAAAUGAGCAAAGCACACCCACCAGAGCUGAAGAAAUUUAUGGACAAGAAGCUUUCAUUGAAGUUGAAUGGAGGCAGGCACGUGCAGGGCAUCCUGCGAGGGUUCGACCCCUUCAUGAACCUGGUGGUGGACGACUGUCUGGAGAUGGGCCCAGGAGGACAACAGAACACCAUCGGCAUGGUGGUGAUCAGGGGAAACAGCAUCAUCAUGUUGGAGGCUUUAGAGCGAGUAUGAGAGCAACGGAGAGAACGAGCAUCAACUUUUUACUUUCUUUGUCCCAGUUUGGUUAAUGGUCAUAGCUUUUGUAUAUCACCGAGUUGUGAGAUGUUUGGAUGAU